UUGCACAGUGGGAGGUGGUUGCUCCUUGCCUUGGAUUCAGGGAUGGAUGGGAAGCAAAGCUCUGGGAUGGCAGCAAAGCUGGGGUGGCGUCCAGCACACGGCCAGAGUGCAGCAUCAUGCAGGAGAUCGAGGAGGAGCGCAGCCAGUGCCUGGCAGAGCUGACUGGGGAUAACCAGACCGCAGGUUGCAGGAGGCAGUGGGACAACAUCACGUGCUGGCCCGAAGCGGAGGUGGGGGAAGUCGUGGUACGACCGUGCCCCAAGUACUUCAGAUUCCUCACCUCUUUCCUUGGGAACGUGACCAGGAAUUGCACAAGCCAGGGUUGGUCAGACGUGUACCCUGCUCCCUACACCGUAGCUUGUGGAUACGAUUCCAACAGCACUCCAGGGGAAGAGCAAACGGCGUUCUACGGCACGGUCAAGACCGGCUACACCAUCGGACACACCUUGUCCCUCAUUGCCCUCACAGCUGCUAUGAUCAUCCUGUGUCUCUUCAGGAAACUGCACUGCACUCGAAAUUAUAUUCACAUGCAUCUCUUCAUGUCCUUCAUAAUGAGAGCCAUCGCAGUCUUCAUCAAAGAUGUCAUCCUGUUUGAGAGCGGAGAGUCCGAGCACUGCUUUGUGAGCUCAGUAGGCUGCAAAGCCAUGAUGGUUUUCUUCCAGUACUGUGUCAUGGCCAACUUCUUCUGGCUGCUGGUGGAGGGGCUGUACCUUCACACCCUGCUGGUCAUCUCCUUCUUCUCGGAGAGGAAGUACUUCUGGUGGUACAUCCUGAUCGGCUGGGGUGCCCCCUCUGUGUUCAUCACUGCUUGGACCAUUGUCAGGAUUUACUUCUUUGAUGUUGGGUGCUGGGAGGAAAUAGUGGAAUCCCCAUUCUGGUGGAUCAUUAAAACUCCUAUUUUGGUGUCUAUUUUGGUGAACUUCAUCCUCUUCAUCUGCAUCAUCCGCAUCUUGGUGCAGAAGUUGCAUUCCCCGGACGUCGGGCACAACGAAACCAGCCAAUAUUCGAGGCUGGCCAAGUCCACGCUGCUGCUGAUCCCCCUCUUUGGCAUUCACUACAUCAUGUUUGCUUUCUUCCCUGACAAUUUCAAAGCAGAAGUGAAGCUGGUCUUUGAGCUCGUGGUUGGGUCCUUCCAGGGAUUCGUGGUGGCCGUUCUGUACUGUUUUCUCAACGGAGAGGUCCAAGCUGAGCUCAAAAGGAAGUGGCGGAGGUGGCACCUGGAGAGGUUCCUGGGCUCGGACAUGAAGUACCACCACCCUUCCUUGGGCAGCAACGGCACCAACUUCAGCACCCAGAUCUCCAUGCUGACCAAGUGCUCGCCAAAGACUCGCCGCUGCUCCAGCUUCCAGGCCGAGUUCUCCCUGGUGUGACGGGGAGGGGCUCUCUCUCCCAGGCAGGGAGCAAUCCAACAGAGACACCGAGAGACUGAGGGACCCCCCCCCCAGGGGGACCAGCGGUGACAAAUCCCUGUGAAAUGACACGCUCCACGUGAGCCAGCAGAGGACACGCAACUGGAAAAGCCGCCGGCAUCCAGGAUGGGACCGGACGAGCCGAGAGGCAGAGGAAUGUUUUUUCCUCUCCCUCUUUUCAGGCCUCUCACUCCUCAGUUUCGAGCCCUCGAGGGGGGGUUGAUAACUCUGAGUAAAGGUCCCAGUGGCUUGAGGAAAGCCUGGGAGAUCCUGGUGUGUGGUAAAUAAUGAAGUACAGGGGGAGGAAGGGAGGGGAGAGCCCGAGAGUCCUUGGGGGCUUUACCGGAACCGGCAUCUCUGA